AUGGCCGCGCAGCCGCCGCUCGUCAGCGCAGCCUCGCUCCUCUCUCGGCGCCGGGGAAGCGGCCUCGAGCUCGUGCCCGCUGCGCUCGCGAGCUGGGAGCCUAGGCGUCUGGCGCCCGCCGGUCAGCUGAGCGGCGUUCUGGCGGUGGGAGCGCGGGGAGGGCGCGAGCGCGGGCGCGGAGGGGAGGGCGCGCUCGCGAGGGGCGGGUGCGCGCGUUUCGGCUGUACGUGCGCGCGCGUCCAGCGGGCUCGGAGGGAGCACCGGAUGCUGGCGGGAUUCGUGCCAGCCCGGCGGUCGGGGCUGCGGCUCAAGGGCGACCCCACACACGCGCCUCCGGCUGCCAGCGAGAGGCAAAGCCGCAGAGGGGAUGCUUCCUAUCCUGAAUUUUUAAAAGAGAAAUGCAGCUUGGGGAAAGGUUAA